AUGGCCAACGACGACGAGCUAGCGGAAAUCGACGGCCAAAAGCCCAAUGUACUCCUCGAUGAUGGGGAACAGCGCGAUGUAAAAAGCAUGACAAGCCAUUCCGUCUAUAAAGUCAAGCGGACGUGGGACCACUACUACUGUACCUGUCCAGCAUGGCGCAACCAGGGCGGAGUCCCUGUGAAUGCUCGUAGCUGCAAACAUCUCCAAGAACUGCUUGGUCUUGACUACGAAGCCGCCCGACUCAAAUGGAAAAACCCAGACGGGCCCUCACUUACGGCCCCUGAGAGCGACUCAGAAGACGAGUCGGAAUCAGACCAUAAAUCGAAGAGAAAGCCGAGUUCAAAGAAGAAACCAGCAUCGAAACGGGCUAAAGACGAGUCUGAUGACGAUAAACCCGCAAAGAAGCCUGCCUCCAAGAGAAAGCCCACUUCCAAGCGGGUUGACGAUGAUGAUGAUGACGACGGCGACAACGGGGUUGGCGUCAAUGGACUUCCUGCACUCUUGCUUGCUAACAAAUGGGAUAUCGAGAAAGGCCCUGAUCCCUCUGGCUUUUGGAUAUCAGAAAAGUUAGAUGGUGUUCGGACAUUUUAUAAUGGAAAGGGCAUGGUAAGCAGGCUUGGAAACGCAUUCACGCCGCCCAAGUGGUUGUUAGAGAAACUUCCCAAAGACGUAACUCUCGAUGGAGAGCUGUUUGGCGGACGCGGUAAAUUCCAAGAUACGGUAUCCAUCGUGAAGACGAUGAACUCCCCACACUGGAAAGAAAUCACCUUCCAGAUUUUCGAUAUACCGUCUAACAACGGCACCUUUGAAGAACGGAUGAAGGCACUCAAGCGACUCUUUGGGCCUGGAGCCAAGUACGAGUGCCCGGAAGUCGUACUCGUCGAGCACGAGAAAGCAAAGAGCCGACAACACGUCCUUGACAAACUCAAGGAAAUCGAGGGACUAGGUGGAGAGGGCCUCAUGUUGCGGAAGGCGGGAAGCAAAUAUGAGGGAAGGCGAUCGUCGACAUUGUUAAAAGUCAAAACAUUCUACGACGCUGAAGCAGAAGUGACGGGGUAUACGGACGGGCAUGGUAAACAUGCCGGGCUCGUUGGGGCCCUGAAAUGCAAGAUGGAGUCGGGAAAGGCGUUCAAUUGUGGUUCGGGACUGACGGACAAGCAACGCAAGGACCCCCCCAAGAUUGGGCGUAUCAUCGUGUACCGAUUCCAGGAACUGACGCGAGAUGGUGUGCCUCGUUUCCCGACGUUUGUCGGUGAAGCCAUUGACAAGAAGAAGGCGAAGGACGCUGAUAUUCCUGCUCAUCGCAGAACAGAUGGGAAGAAGAAGGACGAGUAA